AUGAAUUGUGUUAAGCGAUUGCUAUUAAUAAAGAUUGUACAAUAGUGGUUGAUGGAAGUGAUAAAUAAAUUAAAAUAUUUGAAUUUAAGUAAGAUUCGAUGAAAUAAGUUUUAACUUUUAAUUGAACAUGCUGACUCUCUAUAGAAAAAUGGAAAUUAAUUAGAAUAAUUUCUUCAAUUAGCAAACUAAAAUUUUUUAACUCAAAAAUUGUAAGGCCAUACAGAAUUGAAAACUAAUUUUCAAAUUCCUUUAGAUGAAGAUUUAAUAGUAUCAGAUAACAAUGGAAACAGGAUAAAAAUUUGUUAAUUGAAAAAACUUCUGAGAAGCAAAACUCAAAAUUUUAAUGGAAAACAUUCACUGAGAAGAGAACUGAAAAAUCAAGUACUAAGCUUAUUAAUAAAUAGAACAGGAUCUCAAAUUAUUGUUAUGAUAGAGAUUCAUUUAUUUUGAUUAUCGAAAGAAUAAAUAUGAAAACAUUGGGUUUCUCAAACAAAAAAUAGAUGUAAAUUAGUUUGAGGAUUCAGGAGUUAAUUUUAUUAAAGAAGAUAUAUUUAUAUUUUAAUCAAAUAACAAUAAUACUCUUGAUUUAUAUCAAUUAAAAUUAGAGGGACAAUACAAAGUUUGAAUAAUUUAGGCGAGGAAGUUGUAGACAAAAUUAGAGAACUUCCAUGUUUAGUAAAAAACAGUAAAUAUUUGACUAUUAAAAAGGGAAAUAAUCUUUUUAUAAUUAGAUUUGAGGAGUAUGUGA